GUCUGCAUUGUAUUGUUGGGUGUACGUGCACUGGUGUCAAGAAACGGGAGACUUUAUCUCACAAUGCUUCUCACGCAAGUCGUAGCAAGGGGCUGUAUAAGAGCUGCCGCGGCUGCAGUGAGACCUUCACUCUCAGUCAACCACUGGACCUCUAAUGCGUGGAUCGCCUGUUCCAGAGCACACACAAUGGCUGGCAGGACUGCACUGAUCGUUUACGCCCACCAGAGCCCAACUUCCUUCAACUCGGCUGCGUGUAAAGCAGCCGCGGAGGCACUUGAGGCACAGGGCUGCAAAGUUCUCAUCUCUGACCUCUAUGCCAUGAACUUUGAGGCCUCUGCCACUACUAAGGAUAUCAUAGGUGAUGUGAAGGAUCCAGAAAACUUCAAGUAUGGAGACGAGAUGCUGGAGGCCUGGCAGGAGGGCAGACUGUCCAAGGACAUCGCAGAGGAACAGUGCAAAGUGAAAGAGGCUGACCUGAUCAUCUUUCAGUUUCCCCUGUACUGGUUCAGUGUCCCUGCCAUCAUGAAAGGUUGGAUCGACAGAGUUUUGUCACAAGGAUUCGCCUUUUCUCUCGAAAAGAUGUAUGACAAUGGCGUUUUCAGGGAUAAGAAGGCUAUGCUGUCAUUUAGUACUGGAGCCAUGGAGUCCAUGUUCCUGGCUGAUGGCAUCAAUGGGGACAUCAAUGUAACACUGUGGCCACUGCAGAAUGGAGUCCUUCAUUUCUGUGGGUUCCAGGUUCUAGAACCGCAGGUGUUCUGGAGCAUUGCACACACGCCUCCAGCCAUACGGACGGCCUUACUGGAAGCCUGGAGGGCCCGACUGAGCGGGAUAUGGGAAGAAAAGUCACUGUCCUUUGCCUCCUCUACACUCUUUGAUCUUACCUUUCAGGGAGGUUUCCGCAUGACUGAGGAGGUGAAGGAGAAACUCAGCAGCCAGCCCCAUGGCAUCACCACUGGCCAUCACAUCGGAAAACCUCUUCCUCCCAAUAACCAGACCAAAGCGGACACUGGAAAAACAAACACAAAAUCCGAUAUUCUAAAAUCAUAAUUUAGGAAAACAUGCAAUGGCAUGAGAUUAAGAGGCACACACACAGUAAAUGUUGCUGUGUCAAGACAGUAGGAUAAAUAGCAGACGGACCAGAGUGAUGAAUUAACACUGGAAAAUGUAUUGUGUAUGAGAUUUAAAAAAUAAAAAUAAAAUAAAAAGGUGGGGGGGGGGGGUUUAAAUACAAGUUCUUGUAACACAGUGGUUGUUAACCUGGGGUAGGCCAGAGAUUUCAGAGGGUGCUUGGAAUUGCUUGUGGAAUUGCUUGGGAACAAUAUAAUUAGGCCAAAUCAAAACCAAAUGAAAACACUUUUUGGCCCCCAUGAUGAUUCAUUGAGGUAGGUCUACUGAUUAAUGUAUCAAACAAGAAUCAUUGUAAUUAAUCACUUGAAUCAUUUUUAGUGCAUACACGUGCAGACGUUUGGAUUGGGGGUGCUCAGCUUGUGGGCACAAGUAAGGGGGUGCUUUAAGAAAAAUAGGUUAACACCCACUGUUGUAAAAGACUGACCUCGAUGCAAGUACAAUAUAUAGUAGCUUAUAUCCUGCCUUUGUGUGUGUGUGUGUGUGUGUGUGUGUGUGUGUGUGUGUGUGUGUGUGUGUGUGUGUGUGUGUGUGUGUGUGUGUGUGUGCGUGCGUGCGUGCGUGCGCGCGCGCUAUAUGCCUACUUUCUCCCUGGCCAAUUUACCAGAAAUCCACUACUCAUUUCCAGACAACUUUUCAGAUAUUAAGACUGUUUCUAGUAUUGGCGUAAUAACAUUAUUGAUCCUGAUAUGCUGCUGUCAAACGGUUAAUGACAGGGUUGUUACAUUAUUGCACAUGUUUAUGGAAACGAUGUCGGUGAUCCGUUUUAUAAUAAAGUACACUUUGAUGAAAUAAUAAAAGGUUUUUCAAGAAA